AGUAGUCUCAAGUCACACUCUGUUGUAGGAUCAGAUAUACUCGCAGUAAGAAUUUGACCCAUCGGUCAUCCUUCAGCUCUCGACUUCCUAUUUGCUCUCAAAAUACCUUCAGCGUUUGCCGGCAACCUCACCGACGGUUUCGGGCACGUACCUAUCGCCACCAGGUGGUUUCCUCUUCUUAUCUUCAGCUGGCCUUCAGACAAAGGGACAGUAACGGAGAGUAAAUAAGGUUGCAUCUGGCACAUCUUGGCCCUCGAUCUCGAAUCCACGGAACCUGUUCUCGUUACCUGAGGUUACGUGCAGUGCUAACUGACCAUGGACCACCCGCACCCAUCCACGUUCUCACUAGGCCUUUCGCAGAUCCUGGUAUGCCUCGCCCUGCUCUACGCGGCAAUCCAUAUCCUCAGCGUGUACCGGCGCCUCUGCCAUAUUUCCGGCCCGUUCUGGGCACGGAUAUCCAACCUCCCGCGGGUCUGGUGGGUGAAUACAUCGCGUGCACACGAAAUCCACCAGCAAUUGCAUGAGAAGUACGGCGAUGUGGUGCGCUUUGGACCCAAUAUGGUCUCGCUGCGAAAUCCGACCUGGAUACCAACUGUCUACCCGACCCGCAUGGGUGUGAAGAAGAGCGACUUCUACCGCACUUUGGCACCCUACACGCCCAGCGGCGCUCUACCGGCCGUCUUCUCGAGCCGGGACGAGGAGGUGCACAGGGGACUUAGGGGGCCCAUUGCGUCGCUGUAUUCGAUGAGCAAGGUCUUGCCGUUGGAGGUGUUUGUCGACCGGACGAUCGAUGUCCUCGUGCGGCAGCUCGACGGGCGGUUUGCCGGGGCCGGGGAGACGUUCGAUCUCGCGUCCUGGCUGCAGUUUUUUGCAUUUGAUGUUAUGGGCACGUUGACGUUCUCGAAGCGGUAUGGCUUUCUGGAGAAGGGAAUGGAUGUCCAUGGAAUGUUGGAUACUAUCUGGAGGUUUUUGAAGGGAGCGGCGCCGUUUACGCAAAUCCCCUGGGUCGAUGAGAUCUGGAAUAAGAAUGUCCUUGCCACGAAGCUGAAAGGCGCUACUGGGGUCUCUAUCCUGGGUAUUGUUGGCAAAUUCGUAUCACAAAGACAAGAGGAGAGCAAGGCUGGUAAGAUCGACGGGACUGCAGAUAGGGAUAUGCUUUCGCUAUUCAUGGAGAUCCAGAAGAAUAACCAGCUUCCGCCGUGGUACGUGACGGCCUGGACCUUUUCCAAUAUUACAGCAGGCUCAGACUCGGCUGCUGUCGUGAUGCGCACCGUCUUUUACAACCUCCUCUCGCACCCAUCAACCCUCCAGAAGCUCCGCUCUGAGCUACUCUCUGCUGGCCCCUUGACGCAGCCCUAUCCCUCUUGGAAAGACGUCUGCAACUUGCCUUAUCUUGACGCAUGUAUCCUCGAGGCACUCCGUUUGCAUCCACCCUUCUGUCUUCCCUUUGAACGCAUUGUUCCACAGGGUGGAAUGGUGCUGGGCGAUACGUACUUCCCCGAGGGCACGGUCGUGGGCAUGAGUCCGUGGGUGGUAAAUCGACACAAGCCCACAUUCGGAGAGGAUUCCGAUGUCUGGAAUCCGGAGAGGUGGAUGGUGAGCAAGGAACUGAAGAGUAAGAGGGAGGCGGCAGUUCUGACGUUUGGAGCUGGUCGUCGCGUCUGUCUAGGGCGGCACAUUGCCAUAUUGGAGUUGAAGAAGAUUGUUCCUGCGCUGGUGUUGCGGUAUGAUUUUGAACUCAUUGAUCCAGAAAGAUUCACGACCGAGAAUUUCUGGUUUUUCAGGCAGCGGGGCAUGGAUGUUCGGGUGAAGAAGAGGAUGCAAGCAGAAGCCGGUAUAUAGAAGCUCGGCUGGGGACAUCUCCUGGGCUAGGUUGAUAGUGUCCUUCUGCUAGCUGGCUCAAGUUGGUCUGAGAGCGCUUCUUAGAUAUGCAUCACUCAAAGCUUUUUGAUAUUUUCACUGCAAAUAAAUCUAGUUAUGUUUC